CUCCGUGUAAUUUGGCUGAAUUGAAGACAAGCUCCUGUAAAUCUGAACCAUGAGUGAUGAGUGGACACCUCUGGACUGUUUACUACCAUCAGGGACACAGAAGAUCUGUCUGAUCAUUCUGAACCAGCCCCUUGAUAAGGACCACCUACACAUCCUCUGGAGUAAAGCUCUCUUGAGGGCAUGUGCUGAUGGAGCUGCCAAUCACCUUUACAACAUCACUGCUGGGGACUGUGACAACUUUCUUCCUGACUAUAUCAGUGGGGAUUUUGAUUCCAUUACUCCUGAGGUCAAAGCGUUCUAUGUAGACAAGGGUUGCAAACUGAUGGAAACAGCUGACCAAGAUCUAACAGACUACACAAAGUGUCUGAGUAUCAUGUUGGAGGAAAUACAGAGGAGAAAGUUGCAGGUGGAUACUAUUGUGACACUUGGUGGUCUGGCAGGCAGAUUUGACCAGAUCAUGGCUUCUGUUGAGACCCUUUUCCACGCUUUAUCCAUGACACAACUGGCCGUCAUAAUAAUUCAGGGGGAAAGCUUGGCAUAUUUACUGAGACCCCAGGGCAACCACAGGCUGGGAGUGAACACGGGUCUGGAGGGGGACUGGUGUGGCCUCAUUCCAGUAGGUGGACCCUGCCAAACAGUCACCACGGGACUCAAAUGGAACCUAAGCAACCAGGUCCUGCAGUUUGGGAAGAUCGUGAGCACCUCCAACACCUACGAGCCCGUCGCUCCUGGAAACCCCAGGAAAGCCGUAACAGUGAGCACAGACCAGCCUCUGCUCUGGAGCAUGGGCAUCAGGAAAAGUGGGGAAUAACAAGUGAAAGCUCUUUUCUGCAUGGCUGAAAAGCUUCGAGUAUUCUUUUAUUAUGUGUUUCUAAAGCCAAAAAAUGGCUGCCUCUCAUCUAAAUAUCCAUAUUCAUGCUCUGCUUUAAGCAGAUUUUAAACCACAAUACUUAAAAAGUGCCUAAUUUUAUAGAUAUUUUUGUAUCAUAGGUUUUUACAAGCACUUUGAUGGUGACGUUUAAAAUAAAAAAACGUAAAAAUCA